UGUAUGCGUCAUACAAAUAUGAUCGUAUAUCGCCUUUCAGUGUAAACACGUCCUUGUGUUUUUCCUUGAAUGUCGCCAUUUUAAUUAAGAUGAAUAAAUGUCAUGAUCAAAUAGCUGGACUGGUAUCUUUUUAGUAAAUAGUUAACUGCCAACAUGAAUCGAAACCCAAGAAAAGCUGAAAAGGAUGACGAGCAAAAUGUAAGAGGAUUGAUGAAAAUAACAUACUGGGAAAAGUACGGCGUUAAACGUUUUCCUUAUCCAGGAAGGCGCAGAUACACACCAUCACUUUAUCAGUCUGAAGAAGUAGGGAUAGCUAUCUCAAAUGACGUUUUUGGGCUUACAAUCAGUCAGUUUGAGCGAAUGUAUAAAGCUUGUUUAGGGAGGAGAAAAACACGACAACAAUAUAUAAUUAAUCUAAGAUAUCCGGACAAAGCCUCAGAUGAAUAUAUGGAAUAUUUACAGAAUAGUACAGUCUACAAUCAAGAUGACAUGUCCUGUACGGCACACGAUUUGAAGGAGAAGAACUUAUACGAACACUUAGUGAAUACAGCUGGUACUGAAGUAGUUAUACGUACAAGACAACAAUUAUUUAUGACAAAUGAUAUGAUACACAAUGCAAUGUUGCGACAAGCAGAUGUCAAAUUAACAAUCAUAGCAAGUGGAAGUUUAGCAGAAGGAAUUGAUUUACCAGGUAGUGACAUAGAUAUAAUGUUUGUCAUCAAAGACGUAGACGUAAUACGAGAUGUAAGGAAUAUCAAACAUUCCGUACAACGUACAACAUUAAUUAUGGAGAACGAUAAUGAUCAUCCUGGUUUUACUAGACUCCGAUUAAUAGCAGUAGGGGAAGGGGAAAAUAUCUGUAUACAACCUGAAAGCUUUGAAAGUAAAAGACAAGGUUUAUAUUUGUCAGUCAACUCAUUUGUUAAUAAUAUAAAUAAGAUAUUCUCCGAUUUGAAGCUCUCAUCUCACGGCCCCUGUUUAUCAGAUAACAAUCAACAGGUGGAUAUGGCAAUUUGUCUACGAAGUAAAUACCUACCUUACAAUGCAAUUCCCUGGGCAUCGCGUUACCGCUUGCAAUGGCCGCCGAAUUUCGUAAUUGACAAGAUUAAAAAAGGUGGAUGUUUGUUAGUAUCUAUUGGACCACGGACUUUGCCAGAUUGUAAUAUAUUAUGGAGAUUAUCUUUCUCUGUGGCAGAAAAACAACUUGUACAUUCGUUUAAUUACACUCAACUGUUAUGUUACUGUCUCCUCAAACUAACUUUAAAACAUAUCGUUAACACAAACAAAAAUGCAGAAGGUUUGUUGUGUUCUUACUUUCUGAAGACAGCUUUAUUCUGGGUCUCAGAAGAAGUUGAUAUUGACGAUUUUCACCCAUCUAAAUUAUAUUCUUGUUUUUGUCACUGUCUUAGUAGAAUAAUAUUAUGGGUAAAUAAAUGUUAUUGUCCGAACUAUUUUAUACCUGAGCAUAAUAUGUUCCAAGGAAAGAUCAAUGCAGAUAACAAUAAAAUACUUAUUGAUGUGUUGCAUAAAAUAAAGUGUGAUGGAAUUCAUGGAUUGAUAAAUAGUUUAUUUCAAUACGAAAAUGAACAUCAUCGUUUAUUAAGUACACAGCUUGAACCUUCAUUUAUUAAAUUAGACUUACUAUUUUACAGGACAUGUAAUACAGAUUAUGCUGAUCUGUAUAAUAUUUCCAGCUGUUUAAAAUUACUUGAAUUUAUUGAAUAUUUACUUAAGUCGAAAUCGUGUACAUUUAUUGUCGAUGUAUGUAAAUGGCAGCAUGCCCAAAUAAGUCAAGGUGCAGCGCAACGACUACCAUCACCAACAGUAACGACUGAAAGGUACAACAUACACAAACUUUAUCACAGACAUUUACAGGACGGUAUUAAAGCAGAUGCUGUCUCAGGCUGGUUGUUAUAUGCGUCGUUUUAUUAUGUUACAGGACAGUUCACUGUUACACUAAGACUUACGGAUUAUGUUCUGUCCAGAUGUUUACCUGAUAUGAUAACAAUAGGCUGUCCAAAAAACUAUGAUCAAAAAAUCAAUUAUUACAGAAAUCAUGUACAUGCCACAAUGACAUUGCAGGAGAAAAUAAAAAUUGCUGCCAUACAAAAUGUUGCGUACUUACAUCACUCAUCACUAAUACCAGAGGAACUGCAGCUGGAGGUGAACGACAAUCACAUAUACAUACAUCCUAUUGUUAUGUCUCACUGUCUUAAAUUUCUUUGCUAUCAUCAUGUCGGUGAUGUCUUAAACAGACAACAUGCUUUACGUGAUUUAUUCUUGACAGUUAAAAAACAAAAUGUAAUUGAUUCACCUAACUUAUCUUAUUCAUUAACAAUACUAGGAGUAUGCUUUGAAAUAUCAAAUGAGAAAGACGCUGCCUAUCUGUGUUAUGAAAAAGCUCUACAAUGUGAUAGUUUUAUAUGUACUUCAGCAGAAGCAAGAAGAUCAAAACUCUUGACAGAUUUGAUAUAAUCGUGUGUAUUAACAACAUCAUAGUAUUUGAA